AUGGCUCUGGAUUUCAAUAUUACACUUGAAAAUAGCUCUAUGGUUCCAUAUGAAUACCACAAGGACCAGCUGGACAUUGAUGCGGACGUGUGCAUAUUUCAGAACGACUACCAUAGGGACCUAACGCAGAACAGUUUGGUUGUAAUCCUCAUGAUCGUUCUUUACAUGCUAAUAACAGUGCUGGCGUUGCUAGGCAAUCUACUGGUGAUCUGGACAGUGUGGAUCAACUCGCACAUGCACACAGUGACCAACUACUACAUCGUGAACCUUGCUGUCUCUGACCUGCUCGUUGCGGCCCUUGUGAUUCCUCUCAAGCUGCUUGAGUACACCGCCCCCUGCCGGUGGCACAUAUUCCGCAGUGACGGACUCUGCUCCGUCGUCUACUAUCUGCUUCCGGUGUUCGUGUUUGCCAGCGUCCUUACACUCGCCGCCAUCUCCAUAGAGAGGUAUUAUGCAAUAGUUCACCCGCUCUCUGCAAUGACGGUCAACAGCAAAUCGAGGACAAAGAAAAUUAUCGCUGUUACAUGGAUACUACCGUUCAUCGUGGCCGGACCUUACGUUUUCAGCAAAAGUUACGCAUUUGCUAUUCACAGUGAACUCGGUUCUAUAUCACGAGAAAUCUGUAAUGACCGCUUUAAUGAUAUCGAUAUAGCAAUACAUGGCGACAUCGCCCGGGUCGGCGAGUUUCGUAAAGGCUAUUUCCUGGCGUUGUUCUGUGUAAUUUACGUUAUUCCAAGCGCGAUUAUCCUGAUUACGUGCAUCAAGAUUGCCGUCAGUCUCCUUAAGCCGAUACUUCCAGAAAGCGCUGCUAUUGCUCGAACAGAAUCUUGCAGACGACAAGAAGAAAAUAAACGGAAGGUUGCAAAGAUGGUGGUGGUGAUUGCCCUGACCUUCAUAGCGUCCUGGACUCCUUUCUACCUUGUAAACAUUAUCAGUCAACUGCAGCAAGACAGUUUCCUAAGAAAAUCAAACUUCAUCUUUACAAUGCUAAUAACACAUUUCUGUGGCUUUAUAAAUAGUUGUUUGAACCCGAUUAUUUAUACAGCCAUGAGCCAAAAGUUCAGGAGAAGCUUCAUUGAAAUAAUCAAAAGAAUAUGUUCGUUCAGUGCAAAGCCAUCCGAAGCGGACCAAGACAGAAUCAUCACCCACAAGAGUGAAUUGCUGCUGUUAGAAGGGGACCAGAGGGAAGGGGGCCCCCGUGUCAUGUGCAGCCUUGGGCCCCAAAACAGCUUUAUACGGCCCUGA